AAUAGCCAUGACGUGCCGAAUAUCUGCCAAAGCUUGUGGAAUUGGCCAAAAAUAUAUUGAAGCAGAUUGUUUGUUGUCAGACCAAGAAUUAAAAAGGUUGAAAGAACACAAGUACUCAGCAGUUGACAACAGUUGGUUGGACGAGUUGUGUAUGAAAAGAUGGUGGGAGUUUGUGAUUACAUUAUGCCCAAUGUGGAUUGCCCCAAAUCUUAUUACAUGGAUUGGUCUGGUCAUUAACCUUAUCACUGUCCUCGUUUUGUCAUCUUUCAGUUAUUCUGCUACUGAAUCGGCACCGUCAUGGGCUUAUUUGCAAGCAGCCUUGGGACUUUUCUUCUACCAAACCCUAGACGCAAUUGAUGGAAAGCAAGCAAGAAGAACGGGUUCGAGUUCUCCCCUUGGUGAACUUUUCGAUCAUGGUUGUGAUAGCAUGACGCAAGUCUUCGUCACAUUGAACAUUUGCUAUGCAAUGUCCUUGGGAACCGUUCCAUACGGAGUGCUCAUUGUCUCUGUUAUUUCCGUUGUCAUGUUCUACUGUGCUCACUGGUCGACAUACUGCACAGGACAACUGAGAUUCUCAAAGUUCGACGUCACGGAAGCCCAAAUGUCAGUCAUCAGUGUUUUGUUGUUCACUGCUAUUUUUGGAAAUGGUGUAUGGGAAACACCUAUUGCGUUUGGCUAUACUCUCAAAUAUUUUGUUGUAGGAUCCUCAUUUCUAGUUUCUUUGUAUCAAAUUCACGGUUACGUUCAUGUUAUCUUCAGCGGAGGUGUUGGUAAAAAUGGAUCAACUAUUGCGGGUACCUCAGUCCUCUUCCCACUUUUUCCACUUUUGAUGGUUGUCAUUCCGUUCAUCAUGAUCUACAAUAAAACUGAAUCCACAGUUUUCGACGAUCAUAUCACGCUAUUUUCAUUGUGUUUUGGAGCUGUCGGAGCCAAAGCGACAAACCGACUUGUUAUUGCUCAUAUGUCAAAAAGUGAGCUCAGACUCUGGGAUUGGAUCUACGUUGGACCAUUGGCUUUGAUGCUCAACCAAUAUUACGAUUUUGUGUUUGACGAAUACGUCUUGUUAUGGAUUGCGACGAUAUACUGUUAUACUUCUCUUUUCAUCUAUUGUACGGUUGUUUGCCGACAAUUUUGCGACUUCCUCAACAUUUACAUUUUCGUGUUGGGACCCAGAAAGUCAAAGUCAAAUUGACUAGUCUUUGAAGACGUCGAACCUAACAAAUUUGUCAACAGGCGAAUGCUGCUAGGUAGCUAUGACGAAGAAGAUCUUCUCAUUGUUUAGUUCAUUUUUGUUUUUCCUAUUUCUUUACCAAUUUUCUUGUCAUUUUUGCCAUAGAAAUGUAUUCUGCAUUUUUAAUUUUGUUUUCAAUGUUCUUUCUCCUCUUGUUCCAUCCCAUGUCACCAAUUUUCCUACCCACGCGGUUUUCUUUUGUCCUCUCCCUGUUUCCCUUAUGUUAUAGUAACAUAAUAUAU